AUGGAAGACUCAUUAAGAGAACUUACACCAGUAACCUAUGACUGGGUCUCGCUGGUCAUGUUCUGUGGCAGUCUUCAGGUGAUGCUGGAGGGGCUUGAGGACUGGGGGUAUAGCAGAUGUCUGGCUGAUAAUCCCAGCGAACAGUUGCUCUCAGAUGUUCAGGUGCACCCAUACAGCAGUUGGAUCUAUAAUGUGUUGCCAGAACUCCUCUUCAUGGAGCUAAAAUUCCUUGGAAGUGUAAUUCUCAUAGGUGUCCUUGCUUCAUUAACAUGGUGGCUGUUCAUUCAAGAUGAAUCUUCCCAUCCGCCUGUCAUUUUCAUUGGCAUCAUCUCAUCUCGCUACAACUUUCAGCGCAGGAAGAUUAUUCGAAAGGUGUGGAUGACAGAAAUGCACAAGCAGCCCUUAUUGCAGGCCAGGUUUAUCAUUGGAUCCUGUUGCACAACUGAUCAAGUGAUGGGCAAUGACCCCAGCUUUGGACUGACCCUCAUUGCUGGAGUUCUCAUAUCAGUAUUACUCUUCAUGUUGGGAGAAUUCACCUCACAACUGUUUAGAAUGAGGACAAGCACAAACAAGGAAGAUUCCAAAACCAAGUGUGCAUCUCCUGAUUGCUUCCGUUGUGUCUUCUCAACUGCUCAUGUGAAAAAGGUUAACUCUGAAGUUGAUGAAAUUUUGAAAUUUGGCAAAAUUCCUUUGAAUGGGGAUAGUCAGGUACUCAGAGUUGAGGAUAAGACCUUCCUAAAUGCCUUGAAAGAAGGCCUAUUGCAUGGCCAAGGAAGCAUUGAGCCCCCUGUGCUAUCAUUGGUGAGGUUGAAGUCUCAACCAGUGUGGGAUGCAUGUGACUGCAAUGAGGACUUAAUACUCCUUGAAAAAAACUUUAAUAGAAUUAAAGAUGAUUUCUUGAGUGCCUAUGUUGUGGCUGAAUUGUGGUGUGAAAACUCAACCAUGACUGGUUCUUGGUCCCUGUUCUACUUCAUGAACCAAGGAAAUGUGAACAAGAAUGCCAUUGCACUCUGUCCCUCUACAUGGGAGAUACUCCAAAGUCUGAAUCACCGAGUCACAGACUGUUGCUUUGGCAAUGUAUUUUUCUCCAUUCUUGCUCCUGAAUCAGAGGUCGAACCACAUUGUGGACCAACCAACUGUCGACUACGUUGUCACCUAGGCAUUCAAAUACCUGAUAAAAGUGAACUUGUGGUAAAAGAUCAUCUCCUCAAGUGGGAAGAAGAGAAAUGCCUGCUUUUCGAUGAUUCAUUCGUUCACACUGUGCGGAAUGGUGGAGUAGCUGAUUUACCCAGGGUGGUCUUCAUUGUGGACUUGUGGCAUCCAGAUCUCAGUCCCAGAGAAAGGAAGAUCCUACAAUAUCUCUUCCCACCCAUUUUGGCCUGA